CUCGUGACACCAUGUACCAGGAGUGCAUGAAUAUUCAUGACUGUACGUACAGACUUUGAUUCAAGACUAAGCAUUGUAUCUUUGCUGAACAGAGAUACUUUAUUAAUAUUUUCAUCAUGAAGAUUACCAUCUUACUGACUGCUGUUGUAUACUUGGCUGCAGCAAACCCACUGCAGAAUGUCUCCACCCUGCAUUGCACUGGUGAAUGUCAGCAAGGAGCCAAAGCCCCUCUGAUGAAUCGAGUGAUGCGUCUCAAGCUCAAAGAGCACGAGGAGUGUGUGAAGGAACACCAAUGCCCUACUGUAGCACCAGCUCUUAGCGACACACCGUGUGUGAGUGGAAGGGCAGGGGAAUACGAGUGCAGCAAUGUGGAUCUUCUCUCUUUUGUGCCGCUGAAAGACAUGGGUUGCAAUGGAGACGGAAAUGAUAUCUGGGGCUGGACUGACUCUGAUACAAAGAAAGAAUACGCUAUUGUUGGCUGUCAAGAUGGUACAUCGUUUGUGGAUAUCACUGAGCCCACAAAACCAGUAGUGAUGGGUUUCAUGAAGACACAGACAGUUUCUAGUUUGUGGAGAGAUAUUAAGGUAUUCAAAGACCAUGCCUUUGUAGUAAGUGAGGCACGCAACCAUGGAAUGCAAGUGUACGACCUAACAGAACUCAGGAAUCUCAUUCCUGGCCAAAUUUAUGAGCUAACACCCACUGUAUACUACUCAGAAAUGGGUAACACACACAAUAUUGUUGCUAAUGAAGAGACAGGUUUCAUGUAUGCUGUUGGUACAAGUACUUGCCGUGGAGGACUUCACAUGAUUGAUGUGAAAGAUCCAAAAGAUCCGAAAUUUGUGGGCUGUUUUGCGGGAGAUGGAUACGUUCAUGACGCUCAGUGUGUGAUCUAUAAAGGACCAGAUGAGAAGUACACUGGCAUGGAGAUCUGCUUCUGUUACAAUGAGGACACUCUUACUAUCGUAGAUGUAACUAAUAAGAAUGAACCGAAACAGCUAGCAACAAAGCCCUAUGCUGGCUCUCAGUACACACAUCAGGGAUGGCUGAACGAGGAGCAGUCUCAUCUUCUUAUGAAUGAUGAACUGGAUGAAAUGUACGGAUCCAGAAAGAAUACUCGCAGUAUGAUUUGGAACGUGAAGGAUCUUGCUAAUCCGACGCUUGUGGAUAGUUUUUAUUCAGAGAAGGAGGCAGUUGAUCAUAACCUGUACAUUAGGGGAAAACUGGCUUAUGAGUCUAACUACAGUGCUGGACUGCGUAUCCUAAACAUCGAGACUAUAACUAACACUGAUCCAAAGCUAGAAGAAGUUGGAUUCUUUGAUGUGUCCCCAGAGCACAAUGGAGUCACAUUUAAUGGUGCCUGGUCAGCGUAUGUCUAUUUUGAAAGCCAAAGUAUCAUAGUGAGCAGCAUUGAGAGAGGACUGUUCGUGCUCAAGUACACUGGGCCAGAAGCUAUGUAAUUACUAUUACUGCAAGUCUUGAGCAGAAACUGUAUAAACUAUAUAAAAAAAACUCUAAACUAUAUAAAUAAUACUACUGUUUUUUCACAGUGCAUGUAAUUGAUUUUUGCAAGUAUAAUUAUGUAUAGACGUCUAUAUAAUUACAUAUACCUAUACAUAUAGCUUUCUUAUUCUAGUGACAACUAUAAUGAUGUGUGUCUAUACUACCCAUACUGCUUUGAAACUUCUAUUUGAUUAAAAUG